AUGGACUCGCCCUCGCUGACCACGCAUCUGCUCUCAGCCUUCCUCCCGGCCGAGCUCGUCGACUCCAUCCACACCCACCUCCUCCACCCGCACGCGCCCCUCCAGGUGCUCAAGCGCAACGCCAUCAUCCAGGCCCAGCGCCUGUUCAACGCCGCGUACCCGAUCCUGCAGCCCCUGUUCGAGCGCCUGCUCAACGUCAUGGCCGAGAACCAGGGCCUCGUCGGCGUCAUCGCCUCGCUGCUCGUCCUCGCCACCGUCCUCGUCGUCCUCAACUGGAUCCGACGCCUGCUGCUGUGGUGGACCCGCCUGACGCUGCGCAUCGCGUCCUGGGCCGCCUUUGUCGCCGUCGCCGCUUGGGUUUGGGACCGCGGCGUGUUUGAGAGCGCGCGGGACGUCGCCGUCGUUGGCGGCAAGAUCGUGGGCUACCUGGCGCUUCUCAAGGAUGUGUGGGUGGACGAAUACAACCGGUACGAGGCGCAGCAGGGCAUGGCUGGCGCCAGUGGACGAAGUUCGGGACGGUGA